AAAGAGAUACAUGGGAUACACAGGCAAUUAAAGACUAGGAUAGACACUGUGCUUCAAGCCCCAAGAUUUGUGAAGGAAGAAUUGCGUCAAGGAGCCUUAAGACCAUGGAGGGAGACUGCCUGAGCUGCAUGAAGUACCUAAUGUUUCUUUUCAAUUUCUUUAUAUUUCUGGGAGGAGCAUGCCUGCUCGGAGUUGGGAUCUGGGUCAUUGUGGAUCCCACAGGUUUUCGAGAGAUAGUGGCUGCCAACCCUCUGCUCUUCACGGGAGCGUACAUCAUGCUGGCUAUGGGAGCGAUGCUCUUCCUGUUGGGUUUCCUUGGCUGCUGCGGUGCCAUCCGUGAGAACAAAUGCCUCCUGCUUUUUUUCUUCAUGUUUAUUUUGUUAAUCUUCCUGGCGGAGCUUUCAGCUGCAAUCCUGGCUUUUAUCUUCAGAGAAAAUCUGACCAGAGAGUUUUUCACCAAGGAGCUGAAGAAGCAUUACCUGAGGAACAACGACACAGAUGUCUUCUCUUCCACCUGGAACUCUGUUAUGAUCACAUUUGCCUGCUGUGGAGUGAAUGGACCAGAAGAUUUUGAAGCUGUCCCUCCUCUUCCACACUCCUCUUUGGAAACGGUCACACCUGAGGCUUGUUGCCAGCGAGAACUCCAGAGCCGGGAAGGGAUGAUUGUCAACAAGGAAGCCUGCCUCAUGGGCAUCGAGAGGUUCCAGAACCGACAGGGCUGCUACACUGUGAUCCUGAACUCCUUUGAGACCUACGUGUACCUUGCAGGAGCCCUUGCCAUUGGAGUGUUGGCCAUUGAGCUGUUUGCCAUGAUCUUUGCCAUGUGUCUCUUUCGAGGGAUCCAGUAGGAGGUGGCCCAUGAACCACCACGUUCCCCACGUACUCAGAA